UCCCUUGGUUCCAACCCCUACCCACCUCUGAGCACCGUCCCUUGGUUCCAUCCCCUACCCACCUCCAAGCGCGUCCCUUGCACUGUCCCUUGGUUCCAUCUCCUACCAACCUCCGAGCUUGUCCCUUGGUUCCAUCUCCUACCCACCUCUGAGCACUGUCCCUUGGUUCCACCUCCUACCCACCUCCGAGCACUGUCCCUUGGUUCCAACCCCUACCCACCUCCAAGUGCGUCCCUUGGCUCCACCUCUUACCCACCUCCGAGCAUUGUCCCUUGGUUCCACCUCCUACCCACCUGCGAGCACUGUCCCUUGGUUCCACCUCCUACCCACCUCCGAGCACUGUCCCUUGGUUCCAUCUCCUACCCACCUCCGAGCGCCUCCCUUGGUUCCAUCUCCUACCCACCUCUGAGCUACGUCCCUUGGGUUCCACCCCUUACCCACCUCCGAGCA